AUGCAGGCAGAGGAAUACAAUCGUAGAGGUAAGGAGAUGGUGGAUUACAUCACUAGGUACCUGACGACCAUCAGAGAGAGGAAGGUGACCCCAGGCCCAGAGGUGAAGCCUGGCUAUAUGAGAGAGCUGCUGCCAGACAGCGCCCCCACUGACCCGGAGGACUGGGACUGUAUCUUCAGGGACAUAGAGAAGGUCAUCAUGCCUGGGGUGGUCCACUGGCAGAGCCCCUACAUGCAUGCGUACUACCCAGCCCUGACCUCCUGGCCCUCUAUGUUAGGAGACAUGUUGGCUGAUGCCAUCAACAACAUCGGAUUCACCUGGGCCUCCAGCCCGGCGUGUACAGAGCUGGAGAUGAACGUGAUGGACUGGUUGUGUAAAGCCCUUGGUCUCCCCACCUUCUUCCUCCAUCACCACCCAGACAGCACCGGGGGAGGAAUACUGCAGAGCACAGUGAGUGAGAGUAGUCUGGUAGCUCUGCUGGCUGCCAGGAAGGCCAGGAUACAGCAGCUGAAGAGGACAGAUCCAGCAGACAGAGACCUGGAUGACUCAGUGGUCAACUCCAGACUGGUGGCCUACGCAUCAGACCAGGCUCACUCCUCAGUGGAGAAGGCAGGUCUGAUCUCCCUGGUGAAGAUCAGGUUCCUCCCUCCAGACGACCACUUCUCCCUGAGAGGAGACACUCUGAAACAGGCCAUCCAGGAGGACAGGAGGAGAGGACUGGUACCUGUCAUGCUGUGUGCUACUCUGGGGACCACGGGGGUGUGCGCCUUCGACGACCUGUCAGAGCUGGGACCAGUGUGUGCAGAGGAAGGUCUGUGGCUGCAUGUGGAUGCAGCGUACGCCGGCUCAGCGUUCCUCUGCCCUGAGCUGAGAGGACCUCUGGGGGGUAUAGAGUACGCUGACUCCUUCGCGUUCAACCCCUCCAAAUGGAUGAUGGUCCACUUCGACUGCACUGCCUUCUGGGUGAAGGACAAGUGCAAGCUCCAACAAACCUUCAGUGUCGACCCGGUCUACCUCAGACACGAAAACUCAGACCAAGCCACCGACUUCAUGCAUUGGCAGAUCCCCCUGAGUCGACGGUUCCGCUCUCUGAAGCUGUGGUUCGUGAUGCGCUCCUUCGGUCUGAAGAACCUUCAGGGACACAUCAGACACGGUGUAGAGAUGGCUAAGCUACUGGAGUCCCUGGUUAGAUGUGACCCUAACUUUGACAUGCCUGCUGAGAGACACCUUGGCUUGGUGGUCUUCUGUCUCAAGGAAGGGAAUGCCCUGACUCAGGAGUUGCUACGGCGACUGACGCGGUCCGGCACCAUGUACCUUGUCCCCGCCGACAUCGAUAAGAAACGCAUCAUCCGCUUCACCGUGACGUCACAGCUGACCACCUCAGAGGACAUCAUCAGGGACUGGAAUAUCAUUCGCAAAAUGGCCGCCGACCUUCUGUCCGAGGAGGCCGAAAAACAGGCGGUCAGUAAAAUGGAGGAGCAGCAGUCUCCAGUCAGAAAAACUGUUGAGAAGCUGUCAGAGACAAACAGUGAUUCGGAGAGUCACACAACAGCAGCAGCAGAGGGAAUGGCUGCCACUCUCAUGACUAGGAAACCAAAGGAGAUUGAAAAGGCCAUCAGUGACACAGAGGAUGAACCACUGAAAACACCCAAAAUGCAAGAGACCGGCCCGACACAGAGCAGCCCCAAGACAGGAUCCAAAGCGCUAGAGGCCAGCCCGACACAGACCAGCCCCAAGACAGGACCCAGAGAGCUAGGGACCAGCCAGGCACAGACCAGCCAGGACCCAGAGACAGGAGCCAGAGACGGCCCUGAGGAGAUCCCCUGUCCUACUGCCUUCAGAGUUCAGAGGGUCCAACCACAGCUCCGCUUGGACAGUGAUAAGACUGGAUUUAGACCGCAACCACCAUUCUGGAUGGAUAAAGAAAAGUCUGGGUCUGAGAACAGGCCAAGGAGGACAGUACGCUCUCUGAGCUGCAGCAGUGAGCCCUUACCUGGUUCCAUUGGGCCCCUGUUUGGCCAUAACACUGACCCCCUUUCUAAGCCUCUCUCUAGCUCUAUCACGGACUCCCAGCAUGGACAUAAAGACCCAGACCUCAUCCACCCCCUAAAUGACACCCAGCUCAGGCGUCUCUCCUCCAGCCCAAGCCCCUCAGGCCUCUUUCAGAUCCCAGAGUGGCCUUCUCCAACCAAUUCCAACCAGCUGGGAAAACGGGUCCUGAGGAAGCUCACCAAGUUCUACAGCUUGCCCAGUUUCUGCCACCUGUGGGUGCAGUGUGGGCGCUACCAGGUGUGCUGCCCUGUCAGGGGACUUCAGAUCGCCCCAAAGCUCAGAUCUCCCCAAAUCCCUGGUCCUCCUCUGGGUGUAGGAGACUCAGCUGUUGGUCUUGUUCCUCUGUGACUACAGUAGAUACCGCUAACUUUCCUGCUCUUCUGUAGCCAAGGUUUGCGCCUGGGUCGUAUUCAUUAGGCACACCGUAGCAAAAUGUUUUGCAAUGGAAAAUGAAAAUGAAUGUUUCUUAUUGUACAAGUUGAGGUAGUCCCACCUUGGUCCAAUCCGUUUUCUUCCAUUUGGUGCCCGAUGCAUACGACCCUGUAGUCUCCCUACCAAAUGUUUCCCACAAACACCUUUGUGAUUUCAGGGUGCAGAGAUGGCAGAGCUCUGAGGUCUUUUAUUUAUUAUGUUUUAUCAGAUAUCAUUUUUUAAGUGACACAGCCACACAUCUCAGAUAGAUACACAAUAUGUCUUUAGUAUUUAUUACAAAAUCAAUCUAUAUUUAUUUAUUUACAAAUGUUCCAUAAAAUGUUCAGUUUUCAAUUUUCAAUUUUUUUCCACUAUAGUCAUAAAAUGUACAUCAGAUGAAUAAUUUGACAGUUAAUUUUAAAAUAAGAGAUUAACAAUUAGACAAUCUGUUUAAAACAAAUCAAUCAUAAGUGUAUCUUUCCAUCACAAAUAGAGUGGUACAUCUCCUGUGUCAUGGGGAUGUAUCCCUUACUGUCCUCCAGGUAGUAUAAUCGAUCCUGCAUCACGGAUGGGUUGAAUCCCUCUUCGGCUAGCUUCACCUUCAUCUGCUUAAACGUUCCAGUCACAGCCAGGGAAUUCUGGGAUUUUUAAAAUAAAAUAAAUUACGUUAAAAUGUCUGUUUUAUGAAUCUUAAUAGUUUGAGAAAAUCUUUAAAAAGGUACAAUCUGGGAUCAGGGAAUCUCUUCAACGUAUCCCAGAUGGAAGCUUUAAGUGCUUUUCAGAUAACAGGUAUCAUGACGAUCAUUGUAAUUUGGACAUUAUUCCCACGGGAUCACCUGUAUGCGUAUGAAGCGGGGUCUAGCGUAGCUGGGCAGGGAGGUCUUGACGUGCUCCAGCGUGGCUUUACUGUCAAACUCCAUGUCAUCUUUCAGUUUGACCGCUGCCAUUCCAACCCUCCCCUCGUGUCCUGUGGGGUACGUCACAAAGCAGGAUCACCAAGAGAGACAGCUGACUUUCAUACAUUUUCAGGGAUUCCCAUUGAUUUUGAAUUCUCCCCCUUUAAUGUCCUGGUCAUUCACAGCCAACAUGAGAAGAACACACUGGGUUAAUAACUACACAAUGAUGUGACUGUGUGUGUUGUAGCUGUGUAGAUGUGUAUUGUUAUAUGUAGCUAUAUAUACUAUGUCAACUGUGUGUAGUGUAUAUAAAACAUUCUAUGAAUAAAACUGUUCUAUAAAAAAGAUAUAUGUUUAAUGAGGUGACUGUAAGUCGCUCUGGAUAAGAGUGUCUGUUAAAUGAA